AUGGUGGAUGGCGUCGUGACGGCAACGGCGAUCGAUCACCUUGUGGCUGAUCCGACAGAGGACAUGGUGGAUGGCGUAGUGACGGCAACGGCGAUUGGCCCCCUAGUGGCUGAUCAGACAGAGGACAUGGUGGAUGGCGUCGUGACGGCAAGGGCGAUCGACCAUCUUGUGGACAGCGGCUUUAUGUGCUGGAGCGGUUGUGGGCGACAAAUGUUUACGGAGCUGCAUGGCGAGGCCAACGUCAGCGGUAAUGCUCUCGAUUGUCCAGUGCAUGAGUUAGUGGGAGCGUGGGAGGCCAUGCCUUAUCCCUUACAAUCCGCUGCUCAAGGGAGUGAGCUUUUCCCUGAGCUGCAUGACAGAGGGCACUUUGAAACCAAGGUACAUCGUGUGCAGGCCUUAGGAGUGGAACUUGCCGUGUCUGGCACAAAGGUUUCUGUGUAUGACGUGGCUGCAUUGCUGGAUGGGCUGAGCUCGUCUGUUACGGGCGGGCUGCAGAGUGCAGAGCUGCACCCCACUCAGGUUCGCGGCGGCUCCGCAGACACAGGGCAAAUGGAUGCAUUGGCCAUUAUCGCCGCGUACUCCCAGGAUGGCUUGACCGGGUACAUUUGGGGUGCCUGGGCUUUCUGCACUAUCUUCAUGCUCCUUGUCAUCGGGGUUCAUCUUCGCAAGUGGGACCCAGGUGGACUGUGUAGUCUGUCGGGCUUCGCCGGAGUGGAGCUGCGAAGACUCCUGUUGACAAUAGCGGCUUGGGUUUCUUCGAUGUCAAGACCACUCACGGAGGAGGAAGCCAGGGCGCCUCAACUGCGCCGACGCGGCUAUAUCUCCCCAAAAGAUGUGCGCAAGUAUUUCGGGACAAGCUGCUUCACGGCACCCGUCGACUGU